UCUCAUACAGGCACCAUGUUCCGCAAGAAAAAGAAGAAACGGCCCGAGAUCUCAGCCCCACAGAACUUCCAGCACCGUGUCCACACCUCCUUUGACCCCAAAGAGGGCAAGUUCGUGGGCCUUCCCCCACAGUGGCAGAACAUCCUGGACACACUGCGGCGGCCCAAGCCUGUGGUGGACCCCUCUCGCAUCACACGGGUGCAGCUCCAGCCCAUGAAGACGGUGGUGCGUGGCAGCUCAGUACCCACAGAUGGCUACAUCUUGGGGCUGCUCAACGACAUCCAGAAACUGUCGGUCAUCAGCUCCAACACCCUGCGAGGCCGCAGCCCAACCAGCCGGCGGCGGGCACAGUCCCUAGGACUGCUGGGGGAUGAGCACUGGGCUGCUGACCCGGACAUGUACCUGCAGAGCCCCCAGUCUGAGCGCACUGACCAACACGGACUCUACCUCAGCUGCAAUGGGGGCACCCCAGCAAGCCACCGGCAGAUGCCGUGGCCCGAGCCACAGAGCCCACGGGUCCUGACCAAUGGGCUGGCUGAAAAGGCACAAUCUCUGGGUCCCACUGAGUUCCAGGGUGCCACCCAGCGCUGCCUGCAACUGGGUGCCUGCCUGCAGAGUUCCCCACUGGGCACCUCAUCCCCCACGGCCACCGGGAAGCGUGGGACCAAGACUGUCAGGCAAGGCUCCGAGGAGGCCCGGCCACAGUCCUGCCUGGUGGGUUCAGCCACUGGCAGGCCAGGCGGGGAGGGCAGCCCCAGCCCUAAGACCCAGGAGAGCAGCCUGAAGCGCAGGCUGUUCCGAAGCAUGUUCCUGUUCACUCCCGGUCUGACCGCAGCCCCUCCAGCCAACAGCAAGCCUGGUCCUCCCGCCCAGAGCAAGCCCAACUCCUCUUUCCGACCACCACAGAAAGACUCCCCCCCAAGCCUGGUGGCCAAAGCCCAGUCCCUGCCCUCGGACCAGCCUGUGGGGAACUUCAGCCCUCGGACCACCUCAGACACCAGCAGCCCCCAGAAGUCCCUGCGCACAGCCCCUGCCGCUGGCCCGCCUCCAGGCCGGUCUUCCCCAGCCGGGUCCCCCCGCACCCGGCAUGCCCAGAUCAGCACCAGCAACCUGUACCUGCCCCAGGACCCUGCGGUGGCCAAGGGUGCGCUGGCCAGUGAGGACACAGGCGUGGUGACGCAUGAGCAGUUCAAGGCUGCACUCAGGAUGGUGGUGGACCAGGGUGACCCCCGGCUGCUACUGGACAGCUACGUGAAGAUCGGCGAGGGCUCCACGGGCAUCGUCUGCCUAGCCCGGGAGAAGCACUCAGGCCGCCAGGUGGCCGUCAAGAUGAUGGACCUCAGGAAGCAGCAGCGCCGGGAGCUGCUCUUUAAUGAGGUGGUGAUCAUGCGGGACUACCAGCACCUCAACGUGGUGGAGAUGUACAAGAGCUACCUAGUGGGCGAGGAGCUGUGGGUGCUGAUGGAGUUCCUGCAGGGCGGGGCCCUCACCGACAUCGUCUCCCAAGUCAGGCUGAACGAGGAGCAGAUCGCCACUGUGUGUGAGGCUGUGCUGCAGGCCCUGGCUUACCUGCAUGCCCAGGGGGUCAUCCACCGCGACAUCAAGAGUGACUCCAUCCUGCUCACCCUUGAUGGCAGGGUAAAGCUCUCAGACUUCGGGUUCUGUGCUCAGAUCAGCAAAGAUGUCCCUAAGAGGAAGUCCCUGGUGGGGACCCCUUACUGGAUGGCUCCUGAAGUGAUCUCCAGAGCUCUGUAUGCUACUGAGGUGGAUAUCUGGUCUCUGGGCAUCAUGGUGAUUGAGAUGGUGGACGGGGAGCCACCCUACUUCAGUGACUCCCCAGUGCAAGCCAUGAAGAGGCUCCGGGACAGCCCCCCACCCAGGCUCAAAAACUCUCACAAGGUCUCCCCAGUGCUACGAGACUUCCUGGAGCGGAUGCUGGUUCGGGACCCCCAAGAGAGAGCCACGGCCCAGGAGCUCCUGGAUCACCCUUUUCUGCUGCAGACGGGGCUUCCUGAGUGCCUGGUGCCCCUCAUCCAUCUCUACCGCAAGCAGACCUCCACCUGCUGAGCCCACCUCGGGGUGCACCUGACACCUGUGUCCUCAGGCAGGGGACACCAGAUGGCCAGCCUGCUGGCACUGCCUCAUUCUCUCAGUAUUCUCUCCAAAGAUUGAAUGUGAAGCCCUCCCCUCAUCCUCCUGCCCCUCAGCCCACUGGGCCAGGCCGGACCUGCCCCCCCGGUCUCUCUCCCUCCCCACUGCCUUUGGGAUGAUAGAGACCCCUCCUGCAAGAUGACCCUUUGUUAUUUGCACAGGGAUAUUUCUAAGAAACAUGGAGACCAGCGCUCCUGGCCACCAUGGCCAAAGCAGCAGGCAAUUGCUGCUGCAGUUUUUUAAAGGUAGUACCCUAGCAACCCAGGACCCCCAAGGGGGCAGACUACCUGUCUUCACACAUCAGAUACUUGCUGUUCUCAGCUCCAACUCCAAAUCCUGGAGUCUUCUGAGAGGGCCGCAGGGAAAGUUUUUAUUGCCUGGAUCCUUCUCCCUCCCUUGUGUCUAACUUUCUGAAGGCACAGUCCCCCUGGAACCCCCCCUCC